AUGUUUAACAGCUUGUGCAAAUGUAAUCAAUAUAGUAGAAGUUUAGAAAAAACAGCCUUUGUUAGUAAAACUGAAAAUCUUACAAAAAUAUGUUGUUAUUGUCGAAAUAAAGAUUUACAAAAUUACUAUGUUGCAAAG